UCGAAAUCGCAUGCUCCGAGAUGCCUCCCAUGGUUUCGCUUCCUCCAAACUAGGGUUUCCUCCGCCCAUUCGAAGCUCCCGUCCACGAUCCCCUCUCGAAUUCCCCUACCCGAUCCGAAGAUCGCUUCUUCUCCGGCCUUGUCGCCAAUGGCGCUCAUCGGCGACGCGCUUCGCCAGGCGUUCAUGCCGAAGCACGAGUACGACGCGCUCCGGGAGGAGGAGAGGGCGUGGGCCCGCGCGCGGCGUCCCGCUGCCGCCGCCGUGAGCCUCGGCAUCGUCUUCCCCGGCGAUCCGAGCCGGCGGCCGUUCUGCCAUGAUCGGCGGAUGCUCGAGGCGCUCCCGGCGAACGCGACGCGGGACCCGGACAUGUACCCGUUCCACGGCGCGUUCUACAUGACGGAGGAGGAGGCGGCGGAGUUCUACUGGAUGGUCGUGUUCGUUCCCUCGGCCGUCGUCUUCCUCGCCUCCGCCUUGUUCCUCUUCGCCGGAUUGACUGUUGCUUGGGCUGCUCCAAGAAGACAUCCAUGCCUCCGAGUAGUAGAGAACAACUUAUGUGCAUCUAAGGGAGGUGGGGUGCGGUGCCUCUCGAUUCUCAACACUGUGUUCGCCGUGAUCUUUGGUCUCAUGGCGAUUUUCCUUGGAUCGACUCUCCUGACUCAAGGAAGCAGCUGCUCCAUCCCUCUCUUCUGGUGCUACGAGAUUGUCUCCUGGGGUCUAGUGAUCUUGUAUGGCGGCACAUCCAACUUCCUUAAGAGGAAAGCUGCGGCCAUUCUCGACGAAGGCAACUACGCGGGCCACAACCUCGGGCUCGAGAUGUUUGGCUCGGCCGCCGAAGUGACCCCCGAGAUGGCGAGGCGCGUGAACGAAGGGUUCAAGGCCUGGGCGGGAUCGUCGCUUCUCUCCUCCGAUGAUGAAGAGGAGGGCCCGGAUGAUUAUUUAGAGGAGGGCCAUCCAAUUUUGAACACUUUUAACGAUCACAGAGUGUGAGUCAAUUCUGAGGCAAACUAACUGUUGCUGCAGUAGAGUGUUUAAGGUGUACAUUUGAUUAUUAUUCGUGUGACAGUCGAUCGGGCGAUGUAUAUUGUAUAUAAACGAUGAAAGCGUGGAAAAUCGGUCGCUAACAUAGUGUGAAUCUGUAUCUUGUGUCUUGUGUAUCUCUUAUUUUGUUGGGAUCUCAUUUUUUUUCUUCUUUGUUUUCUUUCCCUGUUUUCAAACUUAUAAUCUAAAAUUGACAGCUGAGUGAAAGUUCGCAGUGACUGAAGGAUGUUC